AUGCCCGGCAUUCUACCCAUGAAAGUCAUCAAAGUCGGAACAAGUGCCCAGAGCCGUAUAGCGCAAGCUUGCGACCGUUGCAGAAGCAAAAAGAUUCGAUGUGAUGGUGUUCGCCCGACCUGUUCUCAAUGCGCCAACGUCGGCUUUGAGUGUCGCACGAGCGAUAAGCUGAGUCGCCGUGCGUUCCCCAGAGGCUACACUGAAUCCCUCGAGGAACGAGUGCGACAGCUGGAGAACGAGGUCAGGGAACUGAAGGACCUGCUGGACGAGAAGGAUGAGAAGAUCGACUUGCUGUCGAGGAUGCAUGGCAACCGUCGCCCCUCCAUUGGCCCGACAGUCUCCUCUCCACCAUGUGAAUCGCGCAAAGAGUCAACACCGCCUGUCAAGGAAGAUACAUUCAAGGUGCAGGCGUCACCCUUACUCCUUGGCGUCGAAAACUCGGAUUCGUACUUCAUGGGCCCCUCUAGUGGCCGAGGCUUCAUAGAAUGUCUCAAGCGCAAAAUCCAGGAGAGCGGAAAGUCAUGUCCAGAUUUCAACCCUGAGGCAUUCCUGCACAUGCAAGGCUGUCCGCCGCUGGUGCCUGACCCCGUGAGCUCGAGGCUGAGAGUGCCCCCGAGGCUAUUCUCUGACCGCUGCGUCAAUGUCUACUUCCAAGAAUGGGCACCUCUCUUCCCCGUGCUGCAUAAGCCGACCUUCUUGCGCGUAUACGAGGAGUUUGUCGCCGACCCUGAGAAGGUUAAGAAUAACCACAAGAUUGCACAGCUUCAUCUGGUCUUUGCCAUUGCGGCCCUUUCUGGCGAGAACCCAGACUUAGAUCAGAUCGCCUCCUGUGAGCAGCAAUGGCAGGGUGCGGUCGACACAGUGCUCAUGGAGAACUCCAUGGCCACUCUGCAAUGUCUCGUACUGGCACUCAUCUACUGCACCGUACGGGCGGACUAUAAACGUCUACAGCACUACAAAGGCAUUGCCGUGGGCCUGUCACACCGCCUUGGCUUGCAUCAGAGCCAGAAGCGAUUCUCUUUUGGCGCCCUGACUAUCGAGACCCGCAAGAAGGUGUUCUGGACCUUGUAUACUCUAGAUUGUUUCUCUGGUGCCAUUCUCGGGUUGCCAAAGCUUUUGAAAGAGGAAGACAUUCACGUCGAGUACCCGUCUGACACGGACGACGAGUACGUUACUGAAAAAGGCUUCCAGCCCACUCUUCCUGGAGAGUAUACCAAGAUUUCGAGCGCUUUGGCUCUCUUCCGGUGCUCCCGAAUUCUGGGCAAGGUUCUGGAGAAGAAUUACCCCGCAGCUGCCACACAUGAACUGUCUCUACAACAAAUGUCUGCCAUGGAGGCUGAGCUCGACGAGUGGUGCUCUUCUCUGCCAACACAUCUCAAGUUGACGUUUGCGCAAGACAAGCCCUCGACAGAGAUCACGGGCAGCAGGUCGCCCCUUUUGUCGCUCGCCUUCCACUAUACUCGAAUUCUGAUCUACCGCCCUGCCAUUGGCUCUUCACUGGGUCAGAAGGCAGCGCCUGCACUCAUCUCCACCGCCAAAUCAAGCAAGCACAUCAUCCAGAUCUUGCAGCUCUUGGAAGAACGAGGAAUGUCUUUCUCCUUCUGCCUUAACAAAACGGACACGCUCAUCCUCAGCGGCAUGCAUCUAUUGUAUCAGAGCGUAGGGCUUAAGAAGGAGAGCAAGCUUAUGAAGGACGUCGAGAAAAUGGUGAACGCCGUCAUCAAGAUUGUUGCGCAGGCAAAGGCACCUGGCUGGUAUGACUUCAAGCGUGUCGCUGGCAUGCUCGUCCAGGUCGACGAGGCGGCUAUGCCCAGCCCUCCGCCGCCGAAUCCAGAUGCUACGCGCGCUUCGACGACGCAACGUGGAUCGCCACCGGUAACUGCCGCAAAGAAGAAGGCUUCUUGCUCCCAAUCCAAGCCAGCGAGUGUCAGCAUUUCGUCGGCGGUUGAAGCAGAUCGUCAACGUCAUCACGAGAGGAUGCGCCGCCUCACGGCACCCAACCUGCAACGCCCUGACCUCUACCGCUCACAGUCUCGCUCAUCAUUCGAAAGCUUGCAAAACGAUAACGGAAUCCGACGCGACCAGCGCCACUCCAUGUCCCAAGAAAUUGGAGUCCACGCAAAGCGCCAGAAUCUUGAUUUCCUUGCACUAGGCGCGAAUUCGGACGGUUCCUCUCCAUCGUCGCCGACACGUGCUCGGCAGCAACAACAACAACAGCAGCAGCAGCAGCAGCAGCAGCAAGUGGCUUUGCCUCGUGACCAGCAACAAUGGCCUCAACAUGUACCACACAAAGCCUCAAGUGUUUCUGCAUCUGAGUGGGAAGCACUCUUGGGUUCCAUGGAUGGCGGCCUCAACAACGUCUACGAUGCCAUCUACGGUGGACCCGGCCUGACUAUCAAUGAAUCUACGCCCACUUCGACGAACAUCAGUGGCUGGUCACCAGAUUCGUGGGACCUGACGAAUUUCAAUCUGGGAGACUUUGGAACAUCCGGUGCGCCUGCUCCUAGCACGCUCAGCGUGAGCGAGGAAAGCCUAAGUUCCGGAGAGGACCUCUCGGCACCGAGCGAGCUGAACUUCAGCCUCGACAAUAUUGAGUACCGGAGUGCUCUGCUUGCUGGGUACACGAACAGCGAUGGCUUCAUCGUUGAUCCUUUGGAAAGCAACUAUGCUGUUUAA